UUUAUUUACUUCUCACUUUUGCAGGCUUUGUUCACUUCACCCAAUCCUUCUCUUUAUUCUUUUGCUCUCAUCCUUUUUUGGUUUCUUUUUUGGCCAUAUGGGUAGGCUGCAACAGCUCUUGUUUGUAUCUCUUCUCAUUUUUGCUGCAGCCAUUGAUGGAACUCAGGGAGAUGCCAUGGUUACUGGCACUGUCUUCUGUGACCAAUGCAAAGAUGGCCAAAGAUCCUGGUUUGAUUAUCCUAUUUCCGGAGUCAAAGUCAAAGUGACCUGCACAGACAGCAAUGGCCAAAUCACAAUGUCAAGAGAAGAGACUACAAAUUGGUUUGGGAACUACGCGGUGAAAUUUAAUGGAGCGCCAGAUCUCAGUGGCUGUUUUUCACAGGUGUCGGACAGUGGACAAAGCUCGGAAUCAGGCUGCUCAGUUCCUGCUGGACCAGCCCAGAAACUCAGGCUAAUGUUUAGGUUCUUUGACAUGGAGAUGUAUGCAACGGAUUCAUUGCUCUCACAGCCUGCCCAGCCAAUGUCAAACUGCCCAAAGUCCACUAAUCCUGUCCCUGCACCAGUAACACCAGUGCCACCUGCUCAGCCGCUUCCUGUUGUAGCACCAGUGCCACCUGCUCAGCCACAACCUGUGGUUGCGCCUGUGACACCAGCAAUUCCUCCUCCAUCACCAGCUUUCAGGCUUCCGCCAAUGCCUCCAUUGCCUCCUUUGCCUCCAUUGCCAUCAUUGCCACCAGCUCCUUUCAUGGAAGCCUCAGCAUGCCCAUCCAAGAGUUGGACAAUGCCUGAAUACAAGUGCUACUGGAGAAUGGUGAAUCCUGAGACUAAGGUUGCUGUUGUGUUCGGAUCACUUGCAGCUAGGCGAUAUGGUACAGAUAUGACAUUGAUGCAAGCCUUACAAGGGAGAGGAGACCCUUACAGAACACUGCUGAGAGAAGGGGUUACCUCAUUUCUCAACUCCUACAACAGCCUUCAAUUUCCUUACAAUACAAUUGGUGUGAUUCAACAUAUGGAUUGGGCAUUAAUGGGAUCUACACGCAGUGUACUUCUUACAGGCUUGCGGUUUAUGAGGGCCAAUUCGGGUCAUGGUACUGUCAACUGCACAUUCACCCCUUGCAAGUGAUUAUUUUGUCUCAACUGAACCCACAUCAUCUGAUAUAUAUCAGUAUAUCUACCAAUCUUAUAUAGUUCAAAAUUGUUGUCCCAGUGAUUAUAAAGUACUAGUUUAUGUUUUUGAAUAAGAGUUUCUGGAGGGAGGUUAAUAUUUUGGUAUCGAUGAAAUUUAAUCCUCAUCUGAGUUGAUACAACUAAAUAGAUACAUAUUUUAUCUGUACUAGUAUUCUAUUCUAAUUCUAUAAUAGUUCUUUCUUAUUUAUC